CGUAAAUGCCUGCCAAGUGAGUAGCGGGAAAUUUUCUAUUGUCAGUUGUCAUUCCAUAAACUUUCGAUGCCAUUGAUUAGCUGAUAUUCUUGUUGCAGUCUGCACUGAGUAAUCAGCAGACAGCCGGCACCGGGUUGCGAAUGAUGUUUUCACUUUUUGCAUACAUAAUUUAUCAUCUUUAACCACUUCUGCUUUUCACAAACAUGGCCGAUCGCCGUGGUCUGGGAGCACUGGCUUGCUUUUUAUUACUAACAGUGCAAACCUACUGCGCCAUACGAACCAGCAACCAAAUGACGAGCUCCAACAGCGCAGCUGCACGGCCGCGGAUAUCCGAACCGCGUCUGACAACUACUGUUUGUCCUGAGGCAAAUGUAGACGCAGGUGAAGAUUUGUCAUGGCUCGUGGACAUCAUGCAGCGGAUGACCGGUGCCCGGUUCUAUCUCGUGCCGACCGACAUUCCGGCCGAUCAACAAGGCGUUUUAUACUUUGGGGAAUUCAACUCUAUCUUGGGGCUACCAGCGCGCAUCGGUCUGCACAGCGUCGUCAUUCACACCAACAACCUUUCCAUAAGUCAGUUGGAAGAAGCGCUGACGUACGCUUGGGCGCCCACUUUUGAAGCCUACACACGCAGUCCCAGCGCCGCUGCCGAAGAUGCGCCACACGUACGAUUCCUCUCAUUUCGCAAUUCCAGCGAGACGCUUACUAUCACCGGGUCGCCCGUUACUCGCAUCAUUUACACCAUCUUCCGCUCAAAGGAAAAUCGCCUACUACGAGGUCCGCAACCGCGUCCGACAUUGGAGGACAAACGCUACGUUAAGCGUCCACAACAGCGCAUUGCCCCUCCCCAUCUGGAGAGUUUCAUCGGAAGACUGGAGGAAAAAGGAGUCCGUGUCCACGAUCAACUGCCCAUACCGGCUCAGAUGGCAGCGAUUGCCGGUUCUCCGCACUCGGAUCAUCCCAGCUUGGCAGCAGCCAGGAAGAGCUGUCGGCAGCUUUCCCGCAACCAAUCGGAAGCGUGCGCCCAGAAGAGGAACGUGGAUGUGCGUGUGGGCGGGCUGACGAACUACACCUGGACAUCCAAGUUGAACGGAAACUUUACACAGCUGCAGAUGACCUAUGCCAGUUGUUUGACGGUGGUGGACGAUAAGGUGUGGAUUGGAUGGUUGCUGGAUCCCAACCCAUCUGCAGCCGGUGCCGAUCGGCCCACAUUUGCUGACGUCGACCCAAUUGAUCCGCGGCGGUCGUUCCGUGUAUACACGUCGCAACCCGUGCAUUUGCAGCUGCUACCGCUCAUUCAACAAAAAUUCACUGAAAAGCUCAACUAUUACCUCGUUGACGGCCAGUCGGUAGAGGUGAUACUGUGGAAUCCGGACCUAGAUACCGGGACAACGAUCAGCUUUUUGGUGCGGCUGCUGAUAAACGGAACAGUCGUUGCUGAUUUGGAUGCACGUAUGCCGUAUGCCGACAAUAUCUACACUCGACUGGAGAAUGAAUUCGGACGAAGUGCGAUGCCUGGGCAUCCCUUCUCUCGUGAACUGUACAUUAGCCGCCAGCCGGUCGUUGAAAAUCCAUCGCUGCAGCGGGAUUGUCAGGGGCCGAAAAACGAUGAGAAAGCUUGUCGUUUGCAGGAGGCUUUCAACCUGACAAUCAUCUCUUCAUCUAACGAUACACUGCCGUCAUCGGAAAACGUCCACCAAGCAGUGUUAACUGCGUUUUCGCAAGCCAACCCAGUAUUAGUCAGUCCAGCGUUCUAUGAAAUAACCCUGAUCAGUCGCAGGGAAGAGAAGCCCGCUCUUCCAGGGCUUAACAUAGUCCAUUUCCUGUUCUCAAUCUCCUAUCAUAAUUUGACGCGCGGAACAUACUGGCACCUGUGGAAGUAUCCUACCAACGAAAUCAUGCAGAUUAUACCGCAGGUGCUUCCGGGAGUAUGGUCAUUUCACCCGUGGAUGACGUUCACAGUAUACAGCAGCGAACCCAUUAACUUCCAACUCUUACCGCGAUUAGAAGCCAGAAUCCAAGAGAUGGUGCGCGGGUUUUCCGGGUACGAGAAAGCAGAAGUGGUCAUAUGGAAUCGUGAUCGGGAUGGAAUUGUCAUCCAGUUUGUCGUCGUUAAUUCUGGCGGAAUUGUGGAUCCACGCCGGGCAGCUGUCGACGACGGUGGUGAUUGGAUCUAUCCAGAAGUGGCCAACAUGAAACUGACUUGGGACACGAUGGAAAUCGCACAAGGACCCGAUUCCUGGUACAGCGACGGUGCCGUCAGUCGCAUUAUUACACUGAACCGGCAUCCACCAACAACAAUGGAUCACCAGCAGAAGAUCUUGGCGAGAUGCAGUCAAGUGGGGGUUUAUGAAAGCGGCUGUCCCCUUCCCAGUGUCUUUUCGUUGACCCUGAUGAGGAUACCGGGAUCUAAAACAACAAUCUACAGCGUCAUCCUGAAUUCCGAGGAUGUUCUGCGCGGUGUGGGUGAUGCGUUCGCCGAAGCCAAUCCUGUCUUAGCCGACGGCAUGGACUUGAAUAUCACCCUCACCCGACGAACCGAUGGUUUCCUAACCAGUCAAGGGGAACCGAUAGUGAAAUUUGAUUUCACUGUGACGUACGCGGAAAUGGAGACCGGCCAGUACUGGAAUUUUUGGCGAUACCCGGACGACGCACUUAUGAACAAACACCUUAGAAGCAGUGUUUUUGGCAAGAUUGUUGAGGAACCGUUCUACUGAUUGGGCAAUGUACUGCGGAUCUGCCCUGACGACUGCAGCAAAAGUUUCUGUUUUUCUAAUUUAUUUAGAACACGUACGACAAUUAAAGAGACGAAAUAAGCCGAACAGUUUUGUGAGGCUGAGUUCUUUUACAAGUUUUCUUUUGUAAUUGUAUGCUCUUCUCGCAGUGGUUCAACGUUUUAAAACUCUAUUUGAAACCGAAAAGUAAGAAGAAUCUGCUUACUUUGCUCUUCUCGUCUUUCCUUACUUCUAAGACGC